GUUCGCUGCUUCGCCUCGCUACAGCCGGUCACAAACUUAUACACGGAACUUAUACAAGCGAUGAAUACGGCGUGCUUCUAGCAUCAAUAUACAGUGCGGGUGACAUAAUUAUUGAUUUUAUCAUCGCAAUACGGCUUAUCAAAGGCUCCUGACAGCCCCCUGACUAAUCUCGGCAUCGUUGUGGCCGAGGGAUGAAGGCUUGACUGCGGCUAAAAUAUGCAAAAGAUCGUUGCUGGUCCGAAGCGAGUUGACGAGAAUUCAAUGGGGUUGACGUUCGUCUUGGCAUUAGCACUCUUUCUGGCGCCCACGAUUUGCCACGCCGGAAUCCUGGACCCGUGGCAAUGGGCGCGCAGUGAUCGCAUUGAGGUCAACAUCCCUUGGCUACUUUUUGAAAAUGAGACACGGUGUUACGAGGAUCUUGGCUGUCUGAACAUCACCAGGAGCUGGUACCACCUGCUUCACAGACCUUUCAACGUAUUCCCACUCCCCAGGGAAGUUAUCAACACUAGAUUCAUUCUUUAUACCAAAGCGAACCCAACGGAGGGCCAAGUCUUGAUUGCAAGUAAAGACAAAUCCAUCAAACGUUCAAACUUUGACCCAAAGCGUGAGACUAAGUUCAUUAUACACGGAUUCAUAGACACGCCGCUAAGCAAUUGGGUGAAGGAGAUGCGAAACGAGCUUCUUAAGCAUUCCGACUACAACGUGAUAAUAGUGGACUGGGCGGGUGGCAGCCUUCCGCUCUACACCCAAGCAACAGCCAACACUAGACUGGUUGGCCUUGAAAUAGCACAUCUCGUCACUCAUCUCCAGACAAACUAUGGACUCGAUUUGGAGAACGUUCACCUUAUCGGACACAGCCUUGGAGCCCACACUGCGGGCUACGCAGGCGAAAAAUUAGCCGGGAAGAUCAGCCGUAUAACUGGACUGGAUCCAGCCGAGCCCUACUUUCAGGGAAUGCCAAAUCACUUGCGCCUCGAUCCCUCGGACGCUAAGCUGGUCGACGUAAUCCACACGGACGGAAAGAACAUAUUCUUCCUAGCUCUUCUUCCCCAAGGUAUUCCAGGAUAUGGAAUGAGCCAGCCCUGUGGGCACCUGGACUUUUAUCCCAACAACGGAAAGGAGCAGCCUGGCUGCACUGACCUCAGCGAAACUACUCCGUCCUUGCCUCUUACUCUAAUCCGCGAAGGACUCGAAGAGGCCUCCAGAGUCCUGGUAGCGUGCAAUCACGUACGUGCUAUCAAACUCUUCACCGAAAGCAUCAACUCCAAGUGUCAAUAUGUUGCUCACGAAUGCGGCAGCUUCUCGAGCUUUAUGCGAGGCGAAUGCUUUUCCUGCAAAAGUAACAGUAGCCUCAGCUGCGCUGUGAUGGGAUAUCAUGCUGACAAGAGUCCGGCGCUUCUUAGGCACCAGAGUCAAGAUCAGGACGACACCACACCGCUUCUCGGUUCAAGAUUCUUCUUCACUACCGGCAAGGAAGAACCUUACUGCAGAAAACAUUACAGAAUUACCAUCGACCUCGCGAGACCUUCAACAGCUGAAAGCUGGGUCCAGGGCUUCAUGAAAGCAACUCUCCACGCUGAUAACGGUGUAAUCCGCAACUUGGACCUUACCCCAAGCGGGUACAUGAAGCUUGAGCAUGGUACAACGGCGAGAAUGGUGGUCUCGCACACCGGAGGUGCGAGUGGAGAUAUCGGAAAAAUAAGACGCGUUGAGCUUUCGUGGGAAUACGACAUGGACGUGCUGCAGCCGCGUUCCUUGUGCUUUUUCUGGUGCAACGAUCGCCUCUAUGUCAACAGCGUCGCCGUUGAUAUUAUGGAACUUCCUGGGAGAGGGAAAAGAGAAACGGACUUUUCAAGCAAACUGUGCUCAGCCGGCAGACAGGAGUUCGCUGAAAUUGCAAGCAGAUCAAGUGCUUCAUUCGUCGACAACUGUUCGUAGCGCAGGAGAUAAGGAUAAGCGCUGCAAAUCGUCGAUAAAAUUAGCUGGAAAGAUGAAAGCAUCAUGCUAAAAUAAAUCAGCGCAAUUGAUUCUGCAAUGUAUGAUAACAAUUGUAGAACUGGGUUACAGUUUGACAGUCUCAAAAUUAGGUAUUAACGUUACUCAAAGAAUCAGCGCUGGGCUUCACCAGUAUUAAUGUGAUCACGUUGUAGAUAAACUUUUAUAUAUAUUGUGUGUGUGUGUGUGUGUGUGUGUGUGUGCGCGACUAUUACCUUUGUAGCCUUGGUAUAGCAUAUCGUUUUCGAGCAAUUUUAAGACUAAUCGUUGUCGUGUGAACUAAAUGUAUGUAUGUAUGUAAAUACUUAAAAUUGUGUAGCCUAGCUAUCCUACUUAAUUGGCCUAGCUCAUAAACACGUAUAUGCCUAGACUGUGGUGCAUUAGUAUAUGAUUCAGAUUAUUAUUCAUCAAGGUUAUACAGGCGAGUUAGAUUUUCUGUGAAUGAGUGCCACCAGCUAUGGCCUAGAAAAUUCUCGACGUAAGUUAAUCUGUGUGAUAUUGUUUUUUAAUAAUUUAAGGUAAGCCUAUGUGCAGGCCGCAGAAGUCCCAUAAUUGUAGUCUUCAGAAAUACUAUCACAAGUCACUUGCCCAUUGUACAUAUUCAUCAUCGUAGACACUUCCGUAAAAGUAUUCAAUGCUCAAGCAGUGCUGAAUAUUGUGAAAGAUUGAUUUAAGGGUUUGAAGUGGUUGAUUUGUUAUUUUUUUUUUUUAUCGU